AUGGCAACCCAUCCAUUCUGCUGCACCACCAUCCAACCCACCAAACUCCCAAAUCCAGACCACGAACAAACCUUCACCGAAUUCACCAAAUGGGCCCUCCUCACCACAACGGGCAAUCUAACAGGAUCCACCGAUCCCUCCGAAGCAAGCGUCUGCAUCCAGCUCGUGCGCCAAGUCCCCAACGGACCGAUAGAGUGUAUCCGAUACUUCGUGGCAAGUGACAAGCACGGGAAUUUCGAAGAAGUCUCCAAAGACGGGAUUUUGGAAGCAAAUUUCGUGACGAUUAAUGAGACAAAAGGCUUCCAAUGCACGCAACACAACCGGGUCUUCGAUCUCAACCUCUACGAACCAAGUACGGGGAGCUCACAUCAUUGGCGAGCCAAUAUCGCGAAACCGCUUAAGCAGCUCGAGAAUGCAAUCAAGUAUAAGAUAUCUAGAUCUGGGUCGGGGUCUAGUGGCUCGGGUUAUGGAUACGGAUCAGGGAUGGGAUACGGCUCUGCAUGGGGAGCUAGUCUGGGAUCUGGUUGUGGGCCGAACUGGGGAACUGGGAGUUCGACUGUCUUCGAUAAGCAUAUGCCGUCUUCGACUACUGUUGAGACUGGGUCUAAUGAUUCCGAUUCCGAUUCCGAUGGAGAAGACCAAGGUCAAGUGCAAGUGCAAGAUCAAAACCAAGAGGCUGGGAUACCUUUGUCUGAAGAUGGCAACCAGGAUGGGAAUGAAGACCAGCUUAUUUCGUCUUCGCCUAUGUUCGAUACUCAGGUAACUGGAGACUACGAUGCAGAGUCAUAUUCGCCUCCCGAAAGCCAGCUCACGUAUUAUGAAGAUGGCGUGAGUCAGAGUUACUUGGAUACUGAGGACUAUGGCUGUUAUUAUUAUAGAGGGCCUUCUGAUGACUACGGUAGCUAUGACUGUGAUGGAGGGAAUAAUGAUUCGACGUAUGAUCAGGAUUGUUGA